CCUAGGCGCUGCAAGCGAUCAAUUCAUCUCUCCAUCUUCUGUGAAGAGGGGAGAAAAAGAGUAGGAUCUAAUUCCCAGCGGGAGGAUCCUUCUUUUCUUUCGGAUUUUUCAUCAAAAAAAUGGAAAUGCAAAUAGUACCAAUUGUGAUGGAAGAAAUACAUAUGUAGGUUGGUACAAUGGGAGGUAUCACCAUAUUCAGGAUUCAAAGGGAUACCCUUCUAGUCUGGCUUUUUUCGAUUGUUCCUGAUCCGAAUAGACAUUUUUUUUUACGAAACGCAAUGAACUUAAAAGAGUACUUUUCAGAUUAAACCUACCCUUUCUUCUAGCUCCGGCCCCGAAGCAAGGGCGAAUUUUUAUUCCUUACUGAGUGAUUUCAGUUCCUCCUGGGUCUCUACUUCACUCCCCAGCCGUCCCGCUUUCUUUAGCAGCCUUAACUUUCCAGCCUUGGCUUGUUCGCAGUAAGGGGCAAUCCCCUAUGAGAUGGAGGCUAGUGUUAGAGCGAGGGACUGCUUUUGUGCUUGUAUCACCAUGGGCCUACCCAUUAGCGCUAUCCAAGUGAGAGUCAAAGUGGAGUGUAUACGAGUAUGCCUAUAUCUCUGUCUAGGAGUCGAAGCAGUCGAUUACUUAUGUCUCUUUGAAUCGUCUCAUCCAUGGCGAGUGCUAUCAUAUAAGAAAUAAGGGGACGGCUGCAUUUAGAAGCGUUCUUUUCAUUCAACUAUUGUUAUCAAUCAUAAGAGAAGAAAGAAGAGUCUCUUUCUUCAAAGAAUCCCGCGCCCUUCUUGGUUGGAAAAAACCAACUAGCAAUAUCCUACAAGUCUUUUUUCAUUUUUCGAUAUAAGUGAAAAGAGUAGAGACGAAAAAAGAAAAGCCAACUCAUGUUUCCCCUCCAUUUUCAUUACGAAGAUGUUUCACGUCAAGAUCCGUUGCUCAAACCGAAUCACGCCAACGUUAUGGACGUUCCUGGAUUGUGUGAAAUAAGAGUAGUACCAAAGGCAGCACCCUCUGAUUUCAUAAUCAAAAAUGGAAAAUUGGCUAUGGAGAUUCCGUGCGGUCAGAAAUUGAUACGGACACACAGGGGUUCGGUAGGAAAGUCGUUUCGAUCCAAUCCAUUCUUGGGGUCAAAUAAAGACAAAGGAUAUGUCAAUGACCUAGCACGACAAAGCACUCUCCGAGGACCUGGAAUGUUUCAUUUUUUGGUCAGAAUCUCGACAGUAAUGUCUCUCUUAGAUUCUCUGGUGGAAAUACGGGAAAACUCCAUUCAAUUCUCGAUGGAAACGGAGUUUUGCGAAUUCUCCCCGGAACUAGAAGAUCAUUUUGAGAUCUUCGAACAUAUUCGAGGGUUCAAUGUAACUAUUGUCACUUCAGCCAACACACAAGAUGAGACUUUACUACCGUGGAGCGGCUUUUUGCAAAAAGAUGAGGGAGAAACUCAGUAAGAUGUCGGAAAAUCGAAAUGAGGAAAGACAAUAAAGUGCUUUGUUUCGUUGGAAAAAUCAACGCAAAUACAAAUCUCAAAUUGACUUUCUAAAACCUACUUCUAUAGAUAGAAAAGGUUGGAAAGAGUUACUUUUAGAAUUCCCUCCCUUUAUACUUUUCUA